CAAGACGACUUAGUUUUAUUGUAUGUGCCUAUGGUAUUAUUAAUCAGAAACUCUGUUCGUUUACGGAAUAUUUACGCGGUUCGCCCAUUUUAUACACAAUUUGAACGCCCCGCCACUAGAAAAUCUAUUCCCCGCUCGACUAGCUUCCGGUUACGCAAGCAACCGGAAAUGACGCAUCACGAGGGAACAUGAUCCAGCUUGUUUCAGCCUGAACGCUUGGCAGCCAUAUUUGUUUUGCUUGUUUGCACGCUUGGCCGAAAGUUUGUACAAUCGUAGAGGUAUAGAAAGGACAGGAGAACGUUUGGUAAACGCAGUUAUCUGGGGGUGUGUUUGUCAGCAUGCCUAACCAGUGUGUGGCAGCGAACUGCACGAACAAGAGGGCGGAUGGCUUUAGCCUUUUCCAGAUGCCAUCGGACGAAAAUCUGCGGGCGAAGUGGAUUCAGCAAAUUCGCCGUACAAGAUCUGGCCCGAACGGAAAGCUGUGGAACCCAACCAAGAACUCGUUUUUGUGCUGUGCACACUUCACAGAGGACUGCUUCAACCCUGUCUCAAAGUUGAAGCAACAGUUCGGGAUUGAGAUGAAACAACACAAGAAGUUCUUGUUGCCCGGGGCUGUUCCAACUAUCUUUCCCCGUGCCCGAGGCACAGAGUCAGAGGCGAGCACGGCGCAGCCUAAAAAGCGCAGGAAAUCUGGUGCAGUUGAGAAAAGGCGCAGAAUUGAGAUACUUGGGGAAUGUAUGAAUCAGCACCAAGAGUCUUCUGCUGAUACAGAAGAGAGGGGAGAUGGUGCAGGUUCUCUUGAAGAAAGUGAUGGUGGCGUGCCUGUUGAUGUAAACCCAACAGAAUUGCAGAAUUCCUGUGACAGUGGGGUGCAGGUGUCCCUGAGGCCGCCACGCAAGCAUAAGGGCAUACAGUUCAAAGGAUCUGGACGGACUAAAGGUGUGCAGUGCAGACCCACAACUGUCACAGUGGCCACACAAACUAAUGAGGAUGCGGAGGAUAAGGAUGCGGAGGAUAAGGAUGAGGAGGAUAAGAUGUCUGUGAGUAGUGCGAGCUCAUGGGAGGACCAGGUAGCAGUGAUCGCCGAUGACCCUGACUACUACCCGUCCUCUGCCGAAGAGUCCGAUUCUGAGGACGAAGUUGCCCAGCCACCGCAGGAAGACCAGCCCCCGCAGGAAGACCAGCCACCGCGACCAGACCGCCGCGUUUUCUUUGUGUUCUGGGUCUGCCUAGUCCAGCUGAUCACUACAUGGGAUACUAUCUACCUCUUACAAAAUGUAGUUGAUUCCAUUGGUUGUCAUACGUAA